ACCGCUACUGGAACCAACGAAACAAGACCCUUCGGCGGCGUCGGGCAGCUCCGCACCCUCUACAUCCGCGGCAACAAUGAGGACCUUGGGUGCCUCACUGGCGCCGGCAAAUGGACCGUCGACGAAGCGCAGUGCGGCACCUUUAGAACGGAGCCAAUCACCAACUAUACUUGGUAUCUCUUUUCCACCACCGAGGGCAUGUGCGAUAUCGACGUUCCGAGUUAUUCGUACGUUUUCAGGUGCGGCAGUGAUGCUCAGGCUGAGUGGGCGGUUUUUGGGAACUGGCCGACGGAUCCCGGGAUUCCCGGGCCUGGUACACUGCGGUGGAAGCAGUACGGUAUCUUUGCGACGGAUGCACCUGAUAGUCCGCCGGCGCCAGGGGAUGAGCCGCUGCCAAUUCACUUUUAUGGUGGCAUGGAUAAGGGGAAGUAUGUGUUUCUAGAGUGGAAGGUUCUG